AUGCAAGAUCGAAGGUCAGAACUUGCCGAGGAGUCUUUGAGGCCUGUAGAGAGAGCCGUCGAAGCUCGCACCGAAGGCCAACAGCUGAAUUCGCUAGUUCGCUGUGGCGUUUUCUGUGAAACCAAUGUGGAGAGCGGAAAUUGCAUUAAUCGUUCGAUCUGGAUCGGUACCCAAGGUGGCUGCGUAUUUGUGUAUCUGCUUUCGGUGCCGAACACCAGUCUUCUCAGAACGGAGAUCCGCUGUUUUCUGGCCAAAGAGAUCCGUCUUCGUCAUUGUGCCCCCGUUCUGUCAUUGACGGUCGUUGAUGCGCAGGGAGUAUCGGUGAAGCAGCGAGAACGACGACCGGAAGGCAGUUCAGCUGUUGGUGCGUCAUCUACCGAUCACCACCGUGUCAUCAUUUGUUCAGAAGAACAAAUAAAGGUGUUCCAUUUACCGAGUCUCAAAGCUGCCAAGUAUAAGUGCAAGUUGACGGCGGUGGAAGGUAUGCGAAUCCGCAAGGUGCAGUACGUUGAAAUGCGUAGUAAAUCUAAAUCCGAUGCCAUCGUGCCUGCUGUUGAAUCGUUUCUGGUGGUGAUGACGAAUCAAGGUGUGCUGCAGGUCUACGAUACCCGUCACUUGCGACGACAAUUCAGCGUUGCAUGCAUUCCUGCGCAACACGUCAGCGGAAUCUUUAGCACCGUGUUAACCGCCUCUGGCGAGGGUCUUUAUCUGCUGAGCGGCUCACAGUGGCAGAGGUUCACGGUCGGACAUCAUGGCAUAUCUCUAAGCUGCUCAUUGGAACUGAAUCAAUCAGGAAAUGGUGAAAAUGAACGCGAGCAAACGGAAAAUGAUGGGAACAGUCGGAUCCGCGGCAGAGAGAAUAGUACGACUGACGGUGGCGACUCCAAAAGUCCAUCAGCUGACACCACUGUUGAUUCUAUUCGUGAUUUCACGAAAACGACUAGCAGCGGUAACGCGGAAGAGCACCUGUCUGACGCCAAGGCGGUGGUCAGCAGUGAUACCCGCGCGACCGCCCAAAACAUAAUCAAAGAGAUUACGAUUACGGAGGAAGUGACAGGUAACAUCAGCUUGUUCGCUAAUUUGGUUUGUUCAGUAUGUGGGUGA